UAACUUCGUCUCUGAUCUAACUUUGAUUCAAACUUUCAAUCAUUUUUCAAAGUGCCUUCCACCUUUAAGUACAAACAAUGAGAGACGGAGUGAGAUUACGCCAACAUGCCUCAAAAAGAUCUAGUGAUGUGUUAUAUGAGGAUAAAAGUUCUUCUAAGAAGAAGGAAGUACUGCCAAAUGAAACUCAACAUUUACUUUUCCUCUUUACAUUUUAUUUAUUUAUGUCCAUCAUCAUAAUCACAUUUGAGAAGAAAUUACCUGAACCAUUAACAAUUAAUAAAGAAGGAUUGCAUCCUGGAAGAUUUAUAGCAGAAAGAGCACAUAAUCAUCUGGUGAAUCUUACAUCUAUUGGGCCACGAAUUGUUGGAAGUUAUGAGAAUGAAGUGUUGGCAAUUAAAUAUUUAACAAACAUUAUCAAUAGUGUAGUUAAGGAUCCCAAUGUGAAUCAUCACAUUUUAGUCACUGUAACCAAACAUAGUGGAGCUUUCCCCUUAAAAUUUCUAGAUGGAAUGACAAAUGUGUAUAGAAAUGUUCAAAAUGUCAUUGUUAGAAUUGGCCCACACAGACCCACACAGAGCAGUUUGUUGAUAAAUUGUCAUUUUGAUACCUUUCCAGAAAGUCCUGGUGGAUCUGAUGAUGGAGCUGGUUGUGCUGUGAUGUUAGAAAUUUUACGUGUGAUUGCUCAUAGUUCAAAGUUGUUAAAGCAUAACAUUAUAUUUUUAUUUAAUGGUGCUGAAGAAAAUUUAUUACAGGCUUCUCAUGGCUUUAUAACGCAACAUUCUUGGGCUAAGGAAGUGCGUGCUUUUAUAAAUUUGGAAGCUUGUGGUGCCGGCGGUCGUGAAUUAUUGUUUCAGGCUGGACCUGAUAGCUCUUGGAUCCUUCAGAUAUAUGCUAAAUCUGUUCCCUAUCCCUAUGCAUCAUCUUUAGCUCAAGAAAUAUUUGAAAGUGGUAUUGUACCUGGAGAUACCGAUUUUCGAAUAUUUAGAGAUUUCGGAAACGUUUCUGGUCUUGAUUUUGCUUGGGCAACCAAUGGAUAUGUGUAUCAUACAAAAUAUGAUAAUAUUCAUCAAAUACCGUUAGGCUCUCUGCAAAGGACUGGGGAUAAUAUUCUUGCUUUAAUACAAGGAAUAGUGCUAGAUAAUAAUUUAUCCGAUGCACCUAUUCAGGAUCAUGUAGGGAAUCCUGUGUUCUUUGACUUUUUAGGCAGUUUUGUUAUCAGAUGGCCACAGUAUGUGUCAAGUACAAUCAAUAUUAUUAGCAUAAUUGCUGGUAUAUAUUCGAUAUAUUUAAACACACAAAACGUGCGAAGAGAUGUAAAAAAAUCAGUAUACUUAAAACACUUACUAUUGUGUACUGGAGCAAUAAUUGUUUCAUGGCUAGUCUCUGUAAUUUCCUGCACAUUAAUUGCACUAGUCCUUACCAAGCUCGGGAAAGUAAUGAGUUGGUAUGCAAGACCAGCAUGGUUGUUCUUCUUGUACGUGGUUCCAACUAUUUUCGUAUCCAUGACAUUUUUCUUGUAUGUUGGAUCGCGUCAAAAGAAAGCAAUUAAGUCUGCAUGGACUUUAUAUCAAAUAUACUGUGAUUCAUAUUCCAUGAUAUGGAUGUCUGUUCUUUUUUGCUGCGUUAUAUUCGAAAUACGAUCUGGUUUUAUACCACUGCACUGGGUUGUAUUUCCUACUCUUGGAAAUAUACUUCGAUAUAAUUUCUUUAAUAAAUGGAGAGGUUGGAAAUGGCUUUUUUAUUAUUUAGCGACAAUGUCUUUGCCUUAUAUACAAUCGUUCUACUUAGCAAUUGGAGCUCUUUAUCUUUUUAUUCCCAUAAUGGGGCGAUCUGGUAGUAGUAUCAAUUCGGAAGUUGUUAUGGCUAACAUGUUAUGCAUACUCUUCUGCCUCCUACUUAGUUUCACGUUACCAUUUGUACUUUUAAUCAAAAAUGCAGAGAGAGUCCUAAGUGUAUUAGUGGGAAUAUUUUUAAUAACUAUGGGCCUAUUAAUUUUGACUCCGCUUGGUUUUCCUUAUAGUGGUGAUUUAUCGUCGUUAGCGCCUGAACGAUUUAUGAUUGCGCACUCGCAAAGACAAUAUUACGAUAUUAAUGGUAACUUACGGCAUUCUGGAACUGGAUAUUGGAUAGCUGAUUUAGAUAUGAAUAGUCCACAUAGCGUGGAAGCUAUGGUACCUGAAAUAGGUGCUGUUUCGUCAACAGUGAAAGAUUGCGAGAAAGAAUUAUAUUGCGGCCUACCAUAUUUUAUGCCUGUCACAACAUUUUUGUGGAAAACAAGUUGGAUUCCAGGUCCUGCACCACUGAUUAGUAUUCCAACGAAGAUCGAACAAAUUUCAAAGACCUCGAAACAAAAUAUCGUCAGUUUUACCUUUAACGUUACAGGCCCUGAUCAUAUAAGUAUAAUUUUGUCUCCGUACAAAGGUGUUCACUUAGAGAGGUGGUCUAUUAUAGAAGGAAAACCAUUAGAAGGACCUAAAUGGAACGACAGGGAGACAUAUUUUAUUUAUUAUUCUUGUGCGUCCGACUGUGUUCCUUUUACAUUUUCCCUCGAGUUGAAUGUAAAUAAUAUGCCGAAAACUCCAUGCUUAACAGUAGCAUUGGGUGGUCAUUUUUUGCAUGGUGAACACCAAACAUCAUUGAGAUUUAAACGAUUCUUAGCACAAUUUCCAUCUUGGACAGUCGUCACCCCAUGGACAGCAACGUACACCUCUUGGGAAUUUUAACACGAUUAAGAACUGAUUGUAUCGGUAUUAAGUACAUUUGCGUGAAAAUAGUUAGCGACAGCCUAACGGGAACGGCACUUACUAGGUUAGUUUUAGAUACGUUUAAAAGACAUAUAAUACCUUAACAAUGCAAACUAUAAGCUUAAGAGUUAGAGUAAUCCCAUAUUAUACGUGCUAAUACUUUGCAAUCGCAAUAUAGCA